CUGGGCCAGACACACCAGUCCGAUAACUGGGAGAUGAGAGGCUUCACGUGGGCUGAUUGAAACUCAGGUGCUUGCCUAGCCACCCCAGCCUUCAGGACUUUCUAGCAUUCUCCGCCUGAGAUCUACGUGGAUUUUCAGCACAAACCAGUAGUAGGAAGACUCAUUAGUCCAGUUUCCAGAUAAAGAAACAGGCUCAAGAAGACAUGACUUGCUGCCCCAGGUCCUGCAGAGAGAAAGUGACAAAGCCCUGGGCCAGCAGACUCUCAGUGCUGCCCGCCUUGCUACCCAAACGGCAUCAGCAAGACUGACUUUCAGGAAAUGUGAAGAAAUGAAUAAAUACUGCAUCUUUCACCACCCAGCCUUUGUAUAGACUUCCUCUGUUUACCAGGAACAUCUUCCUUCAGGGAUCACACCUAAGAAGUCAUCCGUGAACCCUUAGACUGAAUCAGGAGCUUCUGGGUCCCCUGAGCCCCCUGGCUCUUUCCCAUGAAGCCUGAGUUACUCUGCUUGUGCUUCCUGUCAUAGCCCCAGUCAUUCGGGCUGUUGUGGUGUGUCUACCCCAUGCACUGAAUUAUAUCUUCCUUUUCAGUGCUGAGCUGAAUGGCCAAAUGGUUGGAGCUCAGAACUGUUGGGCGAGUCAAUGAGAGAAAGUAACUGCAUGGGGAAUAUUGAGAAUCCUGAACCCCUGGCUAAGUGGCCAAUGACCAAUCUAGACUGCAGCCUGGCCAGAGGGCUGGGUAAGCGUCCUGGCUGUCAGGGGACCCCUUUUAGUUCUUGGGCUGUGGGAGAGUGGAGGACUGCUAACCCAGGCAGUUACUAACUUGAUUCACAAACCAGGGUAUUUUGUUAGGUUUGUUUUUUUGUUUUUUUUCUGGGGAGGAUGCCGCACCCACAGCAUGUGAAAGUUCGCAGGCCAGGGAUCAAACCCAUGCCACAGCAGCGACCUGAGCCACUGCAGUGACACCAAAUCAUUAACCCACCGCACCACAAGAGUACUCCAACAAACCAGUAUUUUAAGGCCCCCAACACUUAAACAGUGCUCUUGGCUGAAUGUCAGCUCUGGGUCUCUCAGGAUCAGAGAGCUGGAGCUUCCUACAUGAAGAUGCACAGCCUGGACCCUCACUUUGAUCUUGCCAAUUGGACCCUCUGGAGCAAGCAAUCACAGUCACCCCUCCCCUGCUCCCUCAGACAGCUGCUGCGAUUUGAAUAACCAAGCAGGCUGCUGAAUGUCCGGUGGUGACUGAUUUGCUUGGCAAACAGACCCUUAGGUCCUUGGCCCUGCUGGUACUGGGGGAAGAAAGACACUCAGCCCCACUGGGGUCUCUGUUUCCCCUCUUCCCACCCCCAAGAGCCAUCUAGGCUCCAGUCUUGCCCUUGCUUGACCUCCCGGGGGCCCCUCGCAUUUAUCUUCCCUAGAGGUUGGAGAAUGUCCCCGGGAUCCUGGCAGAGAAGUGGGGGGAAUAGCAGGGCCCAAGGUAGAGGUAACAGGAGCCAGCUAAGUCUGCUCCCUGGGCCUGUCACGGAAUUUGCAUGGAGAGAAUGAGGCUCCGUGGUUCCCCCUCCCUUCGCCACCUGGGAUAGUCAUCCUGGGCCUGAGGUCUGACAGCAGGUGGAGGAAGCAGCCGUGUGUGGAGCCAUCUUGCUAUUCCCAGAGGUGAUGCCCCGUGCCUUCCUGGUCAGGAGUCGACGUCCACAGCCACCCGACUGGGGCCACCUGCCUGACCAGCUCCGGGGAGACACCUAUGUCCCAGACCUCAGCAGCCAGGGAGGGCAACCAGCACACCAGUCUUCUGGCCUUGGGGACUCUUGGGCAGCGCCUUCUCAGGGCACUCUGACUGCUGCUCCUAGGGGCCCUGGGACACUUGGAUGCCCACUCUGCCCCAAGGCCUUCCCUUUGCAGCGAAUGCUGACCCGGCACCUCAAGUGCCACAGCCCUGCACGCCGCCACGUGUGCCGCUGUUGUGGCAAGGGCUUUCACGACGCCUUCGACCUCAAGCGCCACAUGAGGACUCACACUGGGAUCCGGCCAUUCCGCUGCGGAGCUUGCGGGAAAGCAUUUACCCAGCGCUGCUCCCUGGAAGCGCAUCUUGCCAAGGUGCACGGGCAGCCAGCCAGCUACGCUUACCGCGAGCGCCGUGAGAAGCUGCAUGUGUGCGAGGACUGCGGCUUCACCAGCUCGAGGCCCGAGGCCUAUGCGCAGCACCGUGCCCUGCAUCGCACGGCUUGAGGCUGCGCACCCCGCAUCCAACCCACGAGAGGCAAAUAAACACAGGAAAUGCACGCACAGAACACAGCAUUUAUUACACGAGGGGAG